CACCAUGGUUACCGGCUUGAUUGGGAUAUUGUAGCGAGCCGCGAAGAGUCGAUCGUUUCAUAUGCAAAGUUAAGGAAGCUGAAAGUUUCUGCGAUGAAGUGCACCAGAGGAUCGACAGGUGACUUCAAAUGGUGAAGGUCGAUGUUUAAGAAGAUUUUGCUCUAUUAGGUCACGCAGCCACAAGGAAAAUAAAGCCCUUGAAAUGACAACUGUGAAAACUUUUUCUCUUACGAGCCAAAACUUACAAAAGUUUGAGAGAGAGCUCAAAAACGGAAAGAGGAAAAGGAAGUCCUUACAAAGAAAUGUGAAUCCAGAGAGAACUGAGGCAGAUGGAAGAAGCUCUGGGAUUCAGUCGUGCGGCUCACAAUCGAGUGCCUUUAAGGAAAGUCUCAGUGACCACUUCAAGGACAUGGAUACCGAAAAAGUAACAAAACCUAGAAAUAACUCUUAUUCCUUAGAUCGCCCUGAGCGAGAGGCUUUCCGAAGAAAUCCUGAAGGGCAGAGCCGAAACGAGAGCUCUGCCGCUACACCGCACGUUUCGAAAAUUAAUUACGAGGAAGGAAGUGUACUAAUCAACUACAGUAGUGACAGUGAAAAGGAUAAAAAUGAACUUAACUCGGCUGAUGAGCGGGAGGAAGAAGAAGAAGAAGACAGUGAUGAUGAUGACGAUGAAGACGAAACUGAAGAAGAAAGUGAUGAAAGCGACGAUGAGAGUGAUGAAAGUGAUGCAGAAAGUGACGACGACGAAGAAACUCCAACACGAGAAUUUGGAACUCCCACCACUAUCCAAACACACUACACGAGCAGUUUAAAUGCAAGCAUCAGCAGCAUUCCUACUAUUGCUUCAGCAAGAAGCACUCCUGAGUCCAUAAUCACGAUUAAAACGAAGAAAACGGUAAGAAAAGGAAGUGCACACUCCAAUGUAAGUUCGGCGCCAUCUUACGUUUUAAAUAGCAAUCAAUAUCGCAUGAAGAAAAUGGCAGCAAAGAAAGAGAAAGAGCGUGGCCAGAAUCACGAGGACUAUGAAAAUGAGUCAGAGUUAUCUUUCGGACCCGAACAGCGAUCACCGUCGGCUGCGACUAGAAUGCGUGACAAAGGUACUACAAGCGUGCAUAGCAACGGAUCUUACGUGACCACAAGAAACUGGUCACGAUGGAGUCAUUACAGUGCAGCGGGGUACAGCAUAAGUGAAGCACCUGAGGCCAUUCGUAGGCAUGACAAAUAUUCGACAGUAAAAACCACAACCACAGGAAAACGAGCAAAGAAUUUCAGGCCUGAAACUUACUUCCGCCCUAAAACCCCUCAUUUACCACUUAUCGGUAAAAGCACUUCAAGUAAUUCUGUUCCCGAUAUGCGAAGAUAUGGUAAGCGUCAUGUGACUCUCACACUGGAUCCUGAUCUUUCACGAGCGCGAUCUGUAAGUCGUAGCCAGAUGGCGUCUCGAAUGAGCACCCGAUCAAUUAUGAAAAAUCCAAAAAUGGCCCGCGGUAAAUCUGUCCCAGACCUCAACAAGGAAGUUAUUAUGUCAUUUUUUGAUAUGGAAAGAGGAAAAAAUAAAUCAGCGGCCCGCCCCGUGAACAACAAAAAAGGCGGAAGGAAAGAAACUUUUAAAAAGUCAGGAACGAGUAUUAUUGAUGAUAUCGAUGUUACAACUCGGCGAAAACGACUUCGUAAGCGGAAGGAACUCCCCCAAAAAACGAGGAUUAAAAGCUCUCUCAGUUCGGCCUCAAGUGACUUUCGGAAUGCACGAAAACGGAAAAAUUCUUUAACAAACAUAGGGUCUUCUUUGUCGAGUGCAUUGUCCAUGUCAUCCAUGAAAUCAAGCAGAGCAAGGCAGAAUAGUAGACCUUCCACUGAUACAAUUAGCAAGGCGAGCUCUUCUAUAAAACAAAACAGGCUACAGCCACUCAGGAAAUACGCUAGUUAUCAGAGCGGCAGUGACCAAAUGUCCACGCGUGCGUCCAUACCAGCGUGUGAUACACCUAUCAGCUUAAUCCUUAAGCGCACUCCGAGCCUGCGGUCUGUUAUGACAGAGUACAGUAGCUAUCUAAGCUUAGCAGCCUCUAGCUUUAAGUCCGUGCGCUCCAGCUCCAGAUCAAGUCUCUCGAGCACUGAUGGAGAGAGCACAGCUAUAGGCCCAGAAGCCACAAGCCCUGAAAAGGAAGAAAAAGACGACUUGAAUAACGAGAAGCAAAAGCAGAUAGAACCUGAAAGGAAACCCUCAUCUAAAGCCAGUGAUCAACAAUCUAAACGAAGCUCGUCAGUAAAGAAAGAAGCGCUAACUUUUUCGAACUCUGAACGGCUUCAUUUACCAGCGGUUCGAACCCAGUCGGUUUCAUCCGAAAGAACUGUAAGCGCUACACCAGUAAAAGAACGCGAAAAGGCAAAGAAAAAGGAACCCGUUAAAUUACCCCAAAUUGUUCGAGUGAAUCAUUCACUUCCAAGUUUUACAGAAGCCACACGGGAUACUGGCAUUACUCGCCUGGUGAAACUUGCAAAGCCGAAGGAAUCAAAAGCGGUAUGGAUGACAAGUUUUUGGCCGAUCGUAUGGGGAAAUCAAGAUAUGAUGUGGCCCAUUUCCAGAGGAGCGCUUACAGCAAAUGCAUCGGGGAGAUUAAUGGCCUUAGCCACGCCGAAAAAAGAUUUUCAACUCGACCAUCCAUCCAAGUGUAGCAGGGGACAAUACGUUUAUAGCUGUGGCCGCAGUUCUGUCAUUUGGGAUAUGCAACCCUCAGCUUUAAAAGCAAAUAUUUCCACAAGGGUCAGUCAGCUAGCAGAACCAAAGAAAUCACCACCCCAACAUGAAGAACAAAGGGAGGCAUACAUCUUCAGUUGCGGGAGAAGUUCACCAAUUUGGCAAGUGAGCCAAACAGCGAAAACGGCCGAGGAACGGGAACUAACACUGAGACUAGCACAUGCCAAGAGAUGCCAUCCUGAUUAUCGGCCAGGAAGGGAAGUACCCUGGAGCGUAAGUGAGCCAGCAAAACGAGCCGUGACUUCCGCACGAACCGAACAACUAGCCCGUCCCAAGACUCGCCAAGACGGGCUCAUAAGGGAGCCAACAUGGCGCGUAUCUUCAGCCAGCAUGCGCACUGUAGCCUCAGCCCGUGUUCAGGAGCUUUCCAAGGCCAAGCAAACGGUUGAGGGAUAUUUGCCAUGCAGAGAGACUGAAUGGCAUAUCACAAGAAACACUCUCCGAGCAAUAGCCUCUGAUAGGAUUCAAAAUUUGUCCAAGCCAAUUAUACGCGAGACAAUGGACCAUCUUCAGUUUAACCCAGACGCAUUCACCGUUAGGGAAACUGCGAAGAAAGCUACCGCGUCGUCAAGGGUAGUUGAAUUAGCACAACCAAUCGCUCGUGGACACAAAUGAUUGUG